CGAUGAUAUCCUUCCGCUCGUUCCUUCAGUUAGAAUUGUUUGUUUAGAUAUUUUAGGAAAAAGACUACCCUGGCUGGAUAAAGAUGUCCGAAACCACAGGAUUUAAUAUUGGAGACUUGAUUAAUGUUAUACCGCUGAAUGAAGGUGGAGAUAUGCAAGAGCCCAAAGUUGAACAGCUGAUGGGAAAACUGAGGAGGCUGCAACAAGGUAAAAGAAUCCUGGAAGAGGAAAUCAAGGAGGUCAAAGGCGUCAGUGACUCUCUGCAGAAAGAACUGGCGUCUUUACAAACUGAAGUUUACCAACUGGAAGGAUUUCUUCAGGAGAAAGCAGAGACGUGCAGGAAGCUGCAGUUUCAGUGUGCGGAGUGUGAGCAGGACUCGGUCAGGCAGCUAAAUCAGAACCAGAAAAGUGAGGAACUGCUGGAACAGUACAGAUGUGAAAUCCAGGAAUUCAAGCUUAAACACCGGAAGCAGCGGAUGAAGUUUGAAAACCAACUUCUUCAGCUGAUAGAGCAGCAUAAGAACCUGCACUCUGUCUUUUCUCCGGAAAGGCUCCCAGAUGAAAUCAAAAGUGCCGAGAAUACAAUAAGUCAGCUGUUAGCAGCUGAACAAAUGAAGUUGGCUCAGCUUCAUGGCCUCCAAGAGGAGCUAGAGGAGAUGGAGUAACACAAGCAGCGAGUGACAACAGCUGUAAAGACUCCGGGGGAGUAAAACUGCUCGUUUAUAGGUCUUUUUUUAAAGAACCAGAGGUUAUAGUCCCUUGUUUUAUUCCCUGUUAAGUUGCCCUUUCAUUGCUUUGUGUCAGGUAGAACCGUACAUCUAAUAAAUGUCCGUUUCUGGGUUUUAUCUAUCCUAGUGUUGCAGGAUCCUGCUCGACCUGUAGCGCAGAAAACGUAAACUUUGCCUACCAAACAGUUUAGUCCUUGGCUUCCUUGGAAUUGUAUUGUUCUGAUUGAUUCUGAAACUGUAAAUAUUGUUCAUUGUGGGACUGUUUCAUAUGUUUCAGAUUCCAGUACGCUGUAUGGUACUAUGUUCAUCUUAUCUAAGUGUGUUUAUAUAAUAUAAAAGAGUUCAUAUAUUGAAGAAAUAUAACGUUUGAACAUGUUGAAAUGUUGUUAAAUGGGUUCAUAUUAUAAAAAGAGCCUCGAAAACAGUCACUAUAACAAACACCCAUACAUGUAUACAUGUGCACACAGCCACGUUCAAUUUCAGUUUUAAAGAGUUUUAAUAAAAUACUUUUGAACAGUAUUUCAAUUACAAUGUAAUACUAUCUCAGGUUGUUUCGUUUUUAAUCAACAACACAUCACUGUGUCCACAACUGAUCCCCCCAACUUAACGCUAACUAGU